ACCAUCUGUUUGCUCCCCCCUUCAUUCAGAAGCAGCUGUACUGGCCUCAUGUCCUGGAAAUUACAAGUGUUUGAUAAAUGCUUGCUCAGCACUGGUCUACAUUUCUCAACAAUUCAACAGUGGUAAUGAACAGCCACAAGCUUCUGGUAAUGGAGCAAGGGGGAGUUUGGCUUCACCCGGACAUCUUUAAACAUGCAUGCCUCAGCUUGAGAGAAACAGGAACUGAAAUCCCCGCUUUGACAGAACGGCUGUCUGAGUUCCUUUUUCUCCAUAUUGGUUCAGUGACAUUCUGGAGAACACAGCUCAGUGUGCUUCACUUGUGGGCGCAGGGAACUCGUUGGGUUUCAUCUCGGCCUUAGUGAUAUUUUGAACUGGGAGUGCAGUGUUCAGUCAGAACAUGGUCAAUCAACUUUUCCUUUUCCUGCUUCUUCUGAAUGUUUCCACCAGUCUUGUUGUUGGGUGUUCCAUGGGCCCCAGCUAUAUACAAAUAUCCUCAAACAAUUCCAGCUAUCUGAACAUGGAUAUGAUUGAAGAUAUUAGGUGCCUGUAUGUGGAAAAUUGGACUAUUUCAUUCAUUACAGGGUACAGUGACAGAGUGGCACAGCUCAUAGACAUAAGCCUGGCCCACAACCUUCUGACCACUCUGCCAGAUCGAUUUCUGGAGAAUGCCACCAGUCUAUUGGCACUCAACUUGAGCCACAACAACUUGAGAAAGCUGCCUUCUGAUUUUCUUGCACAGUCUAACAAUCUUGAAAUCCUUCACCUAGAGGGAAAUCAGCUGAGCACACUUCCCCUCACCAUACUUCACGACACUUUGAAGACCCUGACCACGGAUUGUAGCUGCCAAUUUGAAUCUCUGCUGUCCAAGAUCCCUUCUAAUGUUAGUUUUACUUGUGGCUUGGAGAAACAAAAUAUGGCAAACUUUUUAGCACAGACAUGCUCUAGUCCUCUCAUGACUGGACUUGUUGUUGGCCUGAUUGUUUCUGCUCUAGUGAUUGUUUUAAUAGUUGCAGGGUUGGUGUAUUUCUCCCGGAGUCGAUCCUCUAAUCUCACCUGCCAGGAAGUCAAUAAGACAGAAAAAAGGCAAAGUACUUUAAAGAAUUGCCAACCUGAAGAUGAAAAGAAAAAGCUGCACUAUGAAAAUGUACAGCUGGGUGCCGCUCCAACCCAUGAGCUGUCUCCACGCUAUGAACCUCUCAGCUUUUGUAAGCUGCCACAGGUGACCAGCCUUCCUCACUCUGAUGGAGAGGAUGGAUGCUACAUGCAGUAUGACCCAUCAGAUGAAGCAAUCUACAACAACGAUCCUUCUUUUUAUCCACAGUACCACAACCCCUUGCAGGAUGAUGAUGUUUAUAUCAUGCCAGAUGAAGAGGUGCACUGAGGACCUGGGUGUCCAUCUGUCUGAUUCUGUUUGAAUAGAUGGCUUCCUGUAAAUUUCAUACAGCAGACUAUAGGUUGCAACAUUAAUAUUGCCAUAUAUUAUAUAAAACACAUUCUAGGUCAUACUACUUGUGCAAACUUUGAAUAUGGUUCUAUUAGGCCUUCAGAACACCUUACACAACCAGACUUCUUUUGUUACUGUGGCUUAGCUGGCAGACUGUUCAUGAUGUAACUGGUGGACAUUUUAUAUGAGGGACCUCACUCCUUUUAGAUAUAUCAUCCAUACACUUAUUAAUUUUCUGAACUUGUUUAAUACAACUAUAGGAUCACAUGGAGAUGGUUACAGGAACCAGACCUGGACAAAGUGCCAGACCUUCACAGGGUACAUACAAUAAGGCAUCACAAACACCAUUCACUCCUGGUCAUUUAGAAUCAUCAGCCAGAUUCAGCUGGAACCCAAAAAUCAUUUAAUCAGAUAAUUUUGACUUCUGUGUUCAGAACUAAUGCAGACUUCUUCUACCAACAUUCUGUAGCUGGAUAGAAGCUUUUUGUAAAUUGCAUUUACGUAAUGUUUUGGGGUGACAGAUACUCGUCAUAUUUUGAUUUGUAACAUGUGAAAAAUGUUAAAAAAUGGUCUCUUCCUUUGUGCCUUUGCUACAUC